CUUGUGGUGGUCGAGACACUGCUUUUAGCCAAACAGGGCUUCCACCAAAUUUUGCACAGACGAUUUUGCUCGAAUCCCUAGAAAAAAGCGAAAUUUAUUUCUGGGACUUGAAAAUCCGCCUACGUCGACGUGUUUUUCAUCUGGGUUUUUCCCAAGCUUUCAGCUUCUGAUCUGGGUCGUCUUCCAUGGAUCCAUUCGAUUUGUUCCGCAAAGGUUUUGGGUGAAAACUACAAUAUUAUUAAGAGUUGCUGUCGAAAAAGUCUUCAAGGUUUUUGGUGGCCGAAUAGAUCCUUGUUUAUAUUUCGUUGAAGAAUGAGCUUAACUAAGAAAGCGCUGCAGAUGACUGAUACUAAGCUAAACACGAGUAGCAAGCCGAUGACUUUGAACCCAAAUGCUGCUGAGUUCGUUCCAUUUUCUCUUAGAUCUCCUUCCUCUGGAAGUACUGGCAUGUUAGAUGCUACUCCGAGGCUUGCAUCAUCUAGUAAAUCCAUAGGGAAAGCUGUCCUGGACCGAACAGAAUCAUCUACUUCCCGUCAUUCAGAUGAAGAAGCACGCCAGUUCUGGAGUCACCAACUCCCGGAUGAUAUAACCCCAGACUUCAAGUUGAUGCCAGAGGAUGAUCAAUCUCAAGGACUUGAUAGUCUAUCGUUAGCUGGUUUGUCAUUGCACGAUACUAAUGAAACUGCAAAGUUUCCUACUUCUGCAGUUGGAUGUUAUGCAUUUGCAGACCAAUCCGAUUUUUCUGCACAACGCUUGAAUGGUAACAUUUUGUCUGAAAAGAUGAGAUUUCCCGUUUCAUCAUUUGGGGAGGAUCCUCAGCAAACUAAUUUCACGCAUCUGACUCCAAAGCCUUGGGAUAACCAAAUCAUGAAUGGAGAUCAGCUUCUUGGAAACGGCAGCGAGGGACACCCUUACAGUGGGAAUUCCCAAUAUGGCUUCAUGAACGAUAUGGUUAGUGAAAGUUCAAAUAUGGGGGACAUCGAUGUGAACCCUGUGGAAUUCUUGGCUUCUCAGUUCCCUGGAUUUGCUGCUGAAAGUCUUGCAGAAGUUUACUUUGCUAAUGGUUGUGAUUUACACCUGACAAUCGAGAUGCUUACUCAGCUCGAGCUGCAAGUGGAUGCUGGGCUCAAUCAGAACAUAAGCUCUAAGGCAUUAUCUGCUCCUAAUCUGAAGGCAAUGGAUUUUCCCCCCCUUACUAUCUCAGAUAGCCAGGGUAUUCCUGCCAAGUUUGGCGGGGAUGAUUAUCAUCAGCAAGCUGGAAAUCAUUACCAAACUGCUGAAAAGGAUAACAUGUUUUUCUUCAAGCCAAGCUCUUUUGGUCCUCAUACGGGUUCGAUAGAUUAUGCCUCUGCUGUCAGGAAAUUGGCACCCCAGGAUUCUGGUAUGUGGAAAUAUGAAAGAAACAAUUCUGUGGAUUCAGCUGUUGGUUCUAGUAGAAGCCCCCAUGGUUUUGCCGGUGCUUACAGAAGUGGGCAGGGAAGAAGCAUUUAUGCUGACAAGUUGCAAAACCAUGCCCCAAACCGACCAGCUCCUGUCUGGGUGGAAACAGGAGAUGCAGUUGCAAAUAUGUAUUCUGAAUUUCGUGAAGAAGCUCGUGACCAUGCACGUCUACGGAAUGCCUACUUUGAACAGGCACGACAGGCAUAUCUUAUCGGAAAUAAGGCCUUGGCUAAAGAACUAAGUGCCAAGGGACAGUUACAUAACAUGAAAAUGAAGGCAGCUCAUGGAAAAGCUCAAGAUGCCAUUUACCGUCAAAGGAACCCGGUUGGUGCAGAGAAUGUAAGAGGGAACGAGCGAAUGAUAGACCUGCACGGGUUACAUGUGAGCGAAGCCAUCCAAACGCUAAGGCACGAACUGAGCAUGUCGAGGAGUGCAGCCCGUGCAUCGGAUCAGCGGCUUCAAGUUUACAUAUGCGUAGGGACGGGCCAUCACACCCGAGGCUCCCGAACACCAGCUCGGCUUCCCAUUGCGGUCCAACGCUAUCUGCUGGAAGAAGAAGGCCUUGACUACACAGAACCUCAACCGGGUCUCCUCAGAGUGGUGAUAUACUGACCAAACAACAGCAGAAAAACGUCAGGUAUUAUAGGAAGUAAGCUAUACACGACUUACAAAGAUCAAAGGAUGGAAAAAUAAAACACGGGAUAGGUGAUGGGUCGGAUUUAUUUGUUGUAUCUGUUCUGUACAUGGGAAGAGAUGUAGUUGCAGGAAAAAAAACCCAAAAAAAAACCGAGAAAGGGAGGGAAAAAGAACAGGAAAGGGGUAGGAACAGCAGGUGAAGUCCGAGAGGGAAAGCUUGAAGCUUUAAUGUUUAGGUUGAUGGAAGCAUCAGAUAAAUACUUUUUUUUUUGUUAUCAUCAAGAGGAUCAAAACUUUGGUGAUCCUUUUUUUUUUUGUGUUCCUUGUUAAAAUUUUUGGGGGCCUAAUCCGACAUUUGGUCGUCUGUCUUAAAUUUUCAAGUCUUUUAUUUUAAUAUAUAUAUCAAGUUCUCAGGUA